AUGUCAUUGAAGGCUAUCUCCGCGGAGGAUGCCGCAUCUCUGGACAAAGAUCUCAUGGAUGUGGGCAUUGGUGGAUGGUCGCUGGAUCAGUUGAUGGAGCUUGCGGGCCUCUCUGUUUCCCAGGCCGUAUGGCGAAUGCACCCCCUCAAAAAUGGCAAGAAUGUCCUGGUAGUGUGCGGGCCUGGCAAUAACGGCGGUGAUGGCCUCGUUGCAGCCAGACAUCUUGUUCAUUAUGGAUACAAACCUUCCGUGUACUAUCCCAAAGAAGGCAAAAAUGAACUCUACCAACGUCUCAAAACUCAACUUCUGAAUCUCUCGGUUCCCUUCGUCACCGACUUCACGGCUGCGCUCCAAAGCACAGACUUCCUUAUCGACUCCAUCUUUGGGUUCUCUUUUGGCGGGCCUCUGCGCGAGCCCUUCCCUUCUAUUAUAUCGCAAAUCGAAACUUCACCAGCUCCGGUCUUAAGUGUUGAUGCACCGAGUUCCUGGGAUAUUCAAGCAGGCCCGCCAAAAGAGGGCCCUGGGGCGAAGUUCAUGCCUGCAGGGUUGAUUAGCCUGACCGCGCCAAAGCCGUGUGUGACGUUCUACAAGGGCAGGCAUUUCGUAGGAGGUCGAUUCUUGACCCAAGGCAUCGCAGCGAAGUACGGGCUUGACUGUCCGUUAUAUCACGGAAUUGACCAAGUUGUGGAGGUGUUUGAGGAUGAUGAGGGCGGCUUUACGUAUAAGUCACCGGAGAAGGGCGGAUCAAAAGUCUAG